AUGGAACCAGCAAUGCGUUAUAAGUCAAUUUUUGAUGGCCCAAAAAUUAUUCGUUUCAGGCGACCCAAACUCAGUCUGCAACAGUUGAACGAGCUCACACCUGGAGAGUUUCAUAAAACGUUCGAAAAUGUAAUCGAAUGUUGGCCGGAAGCUGCAAUAUUCUGUUCAGCACUAUUGCCCUUCAAAAGUUUCGUCACACUGGUUGCUGCCUUUGAAAACUAUCUCGAACGCUUACCGGCCGAUACUAAGCUGAAAAUACUAAGACUUUAUCCCGAUUUGGCUGGGAAAAUGCUCGACACUAACCAACUGUCGGAGGAUUCAUCGAACGAGCAUGCAUCGGUAGGGCUAGAUAACUUAUCGCCAGAGGACAAAAGGACACUAACGGAUCUAAAUGAAAGUUACAAGGCCAAGUUUGGCUUUCCGUUUGUGGUUUGCGUUCGUGAGGCAUCCAAGUUUGAAGUUAUUCUUCGAAGUGUGUCGGAAAGAAUUCAUCACACCGCAGAACAGGAGCUGGCCAUUGCUUUGGGUGAAGUGAAGAAAAUUUGCCGCUUGCGCAUCUUGCAGGUGGUUGAUAAUUUGUGAACAUGUUGAGGAGGUAAG